AUGGCUUACAACGCCAUUUCUCAGGCUGAUCUCGAGGUCGCCUCGAAUGCGACGGAUUCUGACGGCUCCCGCAGUCCUUCGCCCAAGCAUGGCUUCCAGCAACUGCCGCUGGACGUGGAUCACAUGGGAGGAGGCAGCUUUCUCGAAACCGCCAGGACCGCAGAAGAUUCCAGUAUGAGUGGUUUUGGUUCGAUGAUCCGGUCGAUGACCUCGGCCAGCUACGAGAUGGUGGAGGAAGAUGACUAUGAAGAAGUCAUGGCUGAUCAUCCCAACCGGCGCAGUGAUAACGCUACUAGCCUCCGACGGGUUCCUCCGCUCGACACAACCGCGAAACUAGCUCCCUCCCCUGAACCUCCCCUACGAACCCCGAUCAGCGAUCAGCCUGUUCCUCUUAGUCACCCGAUCCCGGAUCUGCAGUCGCUCCAAGGUGCUUAUCUUGGAAAUGUAGAGAGGCUGGAAAGGAGUGCGGAACGCAUGAGCUCAACCACGACGGAUAUUGAAAGUGAGAUUCGCAAGUUGGAUCUGGAGCAGAAGAAGCGCUCCACCAGUUCCGCCAGCAAUCACAGCGGAAUGUCUCCUACAGUGUCAACCCCCCAGUCUGCGACACGUUUGCGAUCCGGUUCUGCGUCUCGCCUGGCGCAGGUUUCCGAGCAUGGACAGGAACACGAUGAGUACGGGCACGCUGCAUAUCCAUCCUCCGCCGCACAUAUACUCCCUCCUCCUCCAGCGGCGCACGCGCAAGGCGACUCUGUCCCAUAUGGCUAUCAGUAUGACGGCGGAGAUGAAAUUGAACGACCCGCAAGCGCUGCGUCCAACGAUACAUACCAACAGGCCAAGAUCCUGUUUACUGACUUCGACGGGGUUCAUUACAUUCCGCAAGAGCAGGCAUCGGAUCUCGUGCGACAGAUUUCUCUGACCAGAUCGCCCGUGGACACAGCAUCUGGGUCGCACGAGCAGCCACCAGCGGGAGAAAACAUGGUUUACUAUCCCGCGCCGGUUCCGAGAAUGUUGAACCUCCCACCUCGGCUGUCGCAAAAGCCCAUUUCAGAACGGGAGAAACGUCGCACGCAGAUUUUGAAGUCCAUGGCCUCCGGGAAUGCAAAGCAUUCGCUCUCAGGCCCUGAUCGCGACGAUGCGAGUGACCCGAGACGCAGUAAACAAUCGACAGAUAUGCCUCCGCAACUACGCGCAAGCGCUUUCUUCGAGCAACCAAGAACAUCUCUUGAUAUCGAGAUCAAGGACGCAUCUGCUGUUGCAACUCUUGACAGCAUUCUGGAUGCAUCUGCGCAUGCACCCGUCACUGCCUUCACAGACCAUCCGUUCGCGGGCCACGCUGGUUCUGAGGUGUAUAGGAGCUCUAAACAUAAAGCGUCUUCCAAUUAUUUGUCAAAGCAAACGGAAGCCGAAGUUGCAGAGGCGCACGAGGGUGCUGCUUUACACAGUGGGACCAAUGACGAAGAUGGACUGGAUCACCCACACAUGAGUGAGGAGGAGGCAUUGGCAUUAGAGAAAGAAGAAGAGGAAAAGAGUAAUUACACAGGGCCGCCAAACACACUCAUGGCAGAAUUGGAGUUCAGAAAACACGAGCUUCAGCACCGGCGACGGACAGCCGCGAACACCAUUGGCUUGCAUUCUACUUUGCUGGAGUUGGAGGCCGUUGCUCAGAAACAGAGUGAACACAGGAGGCAAAGACCAGUCACCUUGGCUUGGGAAGGUCCCGAUGGUCACAGGCAUGACGAUGAGGAAGAUGAUGACGUUCCCCUUGCCAUGCUCUUCCCCGAAAAAGUCAACCUAGCGGCGGACACCCGGCCACUGGGUCUCAUGGAGAAGAAGCAGCUUGAAGACAGUGAGCCCCUAAGCAGCCGCCGCGCAAGGCUCCGGGGUGAGGCACCUCCCGUCCAACCACCUGUAUUCCAGAGAUCAGGCACCAUGCACUCACAGGGGGUUCUUGCACCAACUGAAGCUGACAGUGAGGAUGAAGGAGAGACCCUCGGCCAGCGGCUCAAGCGCCUGAGGACUCAAGGCGAGAGUAGCGUCGCGGAAUCUGACUUUACCCGUGAGGUUUUGGCGGAAUUCCGCAACAUGCACGCGGAUGAGGAGAAGAAGGAAGAGGCACCACAUGAGGAAGAAGAAAGUCUAGGAGCAUUGCGAGCCCGCCUGCAACGGGAAACGAAGAAGACGCAACGCAGUACACACUCGAGAGUCCCCUCUGCUCGAAGGAGCAUUGCCGAUAUGUCUCAAAUGCGCCCUUCCACACUUGGACGACAGUCGUCGCAGUAUGGGACACUACCCCACGGCGGCUCAGCAGAGAGUCGGAUGUCAAUGUACCAGUAUCCUUCGAAUCUCGGCCACGCAGCGCCAGUAGGAUAUCCCCAGUAUCCAGAAUACGGGAUGCAGAACCCAUAUGGUCAAGGAAUGGUGUAUCCGACCACGAACACACUCUACAGUGAUGCUAAGCUGGGGAUGAAUCAUUUGAGCUAUGCGAUGCCCAACAGCCUUCACUCGAAGUUAACAAAACCACCCGUCGAGCCCGGACAGCGAGAAGUUAUUGAUCGUUGGAGACAGAGCAUCAGGUAG